UAUGGAUUUCACAGAUUCUGAUGAUACACAAGCACCGGAGGAUUCGCAGUUUUUAGAGACGCAGUUGGAUUUCAGUUGUCCACCACAGUUUGCUCCAGAGUGUAACACUUUCAAAUGGAAAGUGCAAAUCAGAGAUGCAAAUGGAGAAAUAGAAGAACAAACGUUGACAACAAAAGAAGUUUGGAAACUGCAAAACCGUAGAGUGAUAGUUCAUUUUGAUGAAGAUUGUGGCCAGCCUGAUGAAGAUUCUGGAGUUUUAUUGGGGUCUUGGUUAGGUCAGUUGAGCAAUGAUGUUAAUUUGUUGCCAAUUGACUAUGCCGAUUGGAGGGUAUUUGCUCCUCACAGGAAGGACAAAGCCUGGGACAUUAUUCUGACAAAAUUCUGGUUUGAUAACCCGGACACAAAAAAGAACUAUGUUCUAAGUGUAUUAGGGAGCAGAUGUAAGGAUUUUAAAGUUCGUCUCUGGAAGAUGUACAAACGGAGUGACCGUACUGAAACAGUUCUGAAUCGUCCUGCCAUGGUUCCGGAAGAUCAGUGGAAUGGUUUUGUUUUCUUUAGAUUCACUGAAAAAUGGAAGAAAAUGCGUGAACGAAAUAUCAAUAACCAGAAAAAGAAUACUUUGCCACAUGUCUGCGGAAGAAAGAGUUUUGCAAGGAAGCGACGCAACAUUAAAGACCAAACAGGAAGAACACCAUGCAGAGCAGAAUUUUUCAUUGCAAGCCGUAAGAAGUCUGAUGGAACUUUUGUUUGUGAAGAAGCAAAGAGUCGUGCGGAUGAACUCACACUUUUGAUGAGUGAAAAUCUUUCAGUUGAAAGAUCAAAUAUCACUGCAAGUUUAGACGAUGAAUAUUCCAAAGUUUUUGGACCAGAGCGAUCAGUACGAGUCCGGUGCCUAGGACGUGGACCUACACCUUCAAAGCUAUUGAAAAUGUCCAAUACUCCAAAUUUAGCAGCGUCAAAUUCUGAAGUUGUUGAGCUAAAGUCACAAGUUUCAGGAUUGCAAAGUCAAGUCCAGAAUUUAGCAGGAAUGAUCCAACAAUUAGUUGGUGCUACUACUAUUCAGGUUAUUUUAUACUAAUUACUGUUUUGUAUUUUAUUGGUGUAUUAUAUUGUUUACUAAAUAUUACUUUUUAUAUGUAGACUAAUGGAGCGGUGCCAAAUUUAGCUGGUGUUCUGUCAAACUUGGCCAAUCAACCAAAUUUUGCUGAUAUUUUAUCAAAUUUGGUCAAUCAACAAAACUCUGAGGUACUUUACGAGUUUUAUGUUAAACAUUUAUUUAUUUAAUUUAAGCAUUAGUCUUUUUUUUCAAAAGAAAUAAAUCUAAUCUGAUUUUUUUACAGGCAACCCAAAACAGAGAUCAUCUGGAUUAGAGUACGGCGCAGAAACUUUUAAUAAUUAAGUUUAGACCAUUGGUUGGAUUAUUUAUUUUAUUAGCUACUAUGGUUUUUAUGUUUGGUUCCCGUUUUAAUAUUAGACUUUUGUAUGCAUUUGGAUAUUUAUCUGAAAAAUAAUUUCUUUUUUAUUAUUAAUAUUUUUUUUAUUGUUUUAAUGAAUUUAAUUUGUAAUUAUUGAACGAAAAUAUAUUACUUCAGUUACAUAAGUGAUGCAUGAGUAUUAGUAGCAAA